CGGAGCCCCAGCCCGAGCCCCAGCCUGGGGAGCGGGGCUGUGCAGGGCAGGGCAGGACGGAGCGGGGCUGGCGGGGGCGAGCCGCGCGGAGCUGGGGCCGCGGACUGACGACUGACGACGGACCCACCGAUCGACUGACGCCUCCGAAGGCUUCCCAGCCGGGGCGGAUCGAGGAGGCGGAGGGGGCUCUGGGAGCCCGGCGGCGGCGGCACCGGAGUCUGCUGACCGGACCGGAGGAGGGUCGGGAGGGCGGUGAGGAGAGCGCGGGGGGAGGCAGGUGCGGCGGCGGCGGCGGCGGCGGCGGCGGCGCCGCCGCCCCCCUCCCCCCAGGAUGCCCUCUGGAGUCCUGACGCAGCGCGCUCCAGCGGCCCGGACCCGCCGCUCCCGGACCAGCGCUCCGAGGGUUCUGCCUAGCUCCAGGCUCCGGUGAUGGAGCCGUCCCCGAGGCUGCUCCGGAGGCUUCCGCAGGCGCCGGGCUCCAGGGGCGUCGCAGCCAAGUUGUGAUGGGAGCCGGAUCCGCCCGCAAGCGGCAGCGGCAGCGAGGGGAGCUGAGGCCGCCCGGACCAUGCGAGGCUGAGCCAGGGGCUGGAGGCGGCCCCCAGGCGGCCCGGAUCCCACGGCCGCCGCCCCCAGCGAGGGAAUGGCCAAACCCUUCUUCAGACUCCAGAAGCUCCUGCGGCGCACCCAGUUCCUGCUCUUCGUGGUCACGGCCGCCUACCUGAUGGCGGGAAGCCUCCUGCUUCUGCAGCGAUCCCGCCUGGCCCUGGCGCCCCAGGGGCCGCGGCCCGCGCCCAGCCCGCUGCAGGCUCUGCCCGUGGCGGCCGUGGCCCUGGGCGUCGGCCUCCUGGACGGCGGCCCCGGGCCUCCCGAAGGCCCCCGGCUGCUCCUGGGAGUGGACGUGCUUCGCCGGCCGCCGGGGGCCGAGCCCAGGCUGGGGCCCCGCUGGCUCAUGGCCCGCAAUUCGGAGCUCCGGCAGCUCCGGCGCCACAGGUUCCGUCACCUUGUGAGUGAGCGGGAAGGAGCUCGGGGCCCCGGGCCCCGAGCUGGAGACCCCAAGGCCCUGAAAGAGGCCGCCGUGAGCCAAGGCUCCUACAUGGGCUGCUUCAUUGACAGUGUCCAGGACAGGACCCUGAAGGGAGCUGUGUUCUAUGACUUGAGGAAGAUGACAGUGGCUAACUGUCAGGAAGCCUGUGCUGAGCGGUCCUACAUCUACGCAGGCCUCCAGUACGGCACCGAGUGUUACUGUGGGAACCGGCUCCCCAAGAGGAGCUCCAAGGCGGAGGAGUGCAACCGGGAGUGUCGGGGGGAGAAGGGCUCUGUGUGUGGGGGGCUCAACCGGCUAUCCAUCUACCACGUCGGGGAGCUCUCUCUCAGCUCCGCCAAACGAAGGACGGUCACCUAUCGGGGAUGUUUCCGAGUGCCUGGGAACCUCACUGACACCUUGGCCAACUCCUUAACCCAGCCCAACCUGACAGUGGAGAUGUGCUCACAGCUUUGCUCCAAUAAAGAGUUCCCGCUGGCCGUGAUCAGGGGCCCCGAGUGCUUCUGUGGUUUCCCCACCCCGAGGUUCAGCCUGCAUGAUGCGGUGGACAGCUCCCUGUGCUCCUGGGGCCCUGAGACCCCAGGCUGGGGGGAUUACUGCGUGGUCUACCAGACGCCCAUCCAAGACACUCGGUGCACCGACAGGCGCUUCCUGCCCAGCAAAGCCAAGGUCUUCGUGGCACUGUCCAGCUUCCCGGGUGCCGGCAACACGUGGGCGCGCCACCUCAUCGAGCACGCCACGGGCUUCUACACCGGCAGCUACUACUUCGACGGCGCACUCUAUAACAAAGGUUUUAAAGGGGAGAAAGACCACUGGAGGAGCCGAAGGACCAUCUGUGUAAAGACCCACGAGAGUGGGAAGAGGGAGAUCGAGAUGUUUGAUGCCGCCAUUCUGCUCAUACGCAACCCAUACAGGUCACUUAUGGCGGAAUUCAACCGGAAGUGCGCCGGGCACUUGGGAUACGCCACAGACAGGAACUGGAAGAGUCAAGAGUGGCCCGACUUUGUCAACAGCUACGCAUCCUGGUGGUCGUCCCAUGUCCUGGACUGGCUCAAGUAUGGCAAGCGGCUCUUGGUCGUCCACUAUGAGGACCUGCGCCGGAGCCUCCUCCCCAAGCUGAGGGAGAUGGUGGCCUUCCUGAACGUGUCAGUGACGGAGGAGCGGCUCCUGUGCGUGGAGAGCAACAGGGAAGGCAGCUUCCGGAGGCUGGGUGGGCGGCCGCGAGAACCAGAGCAAGCCUUCACGGCCGAGAUGAAGGAGCUCAUCGACGGCUACAUUCGGACUGUGGACCAGGCCCUGCGGGAGAGGAACUGGACGGGCUUGCCCAGCGAGUAUGUGCCCAGAUGAUGGGGCCCUGGCACGUGGACCGGGCACUUCCCCCCUCCCAGCUCCCCCGACCACACUCACCCACACGCUCCUCUGAACACACACCGGCCCCCCGGUACCCUCGUGCACACACUCACAGGCUCGCACCCUCACAGGCUCACACCUUCACACACUUGCACCCUCACACACACACACACACACUCAGACAC